CAACAAGCUGGGUGCGACCUGAUAACACAGUAUACCCUCUGAAGCAAUGUGUUGUUCGUGGAAGAUGAGUUUUCUCAUCUUAACUUUCUUAGCGCUUUCCUGUCUCAAUGACCGGUUUCCGUUCGCUCGAGCUCUUGCCGGUCCAAAUCCUAGCCCCCAAGUGGUUCCUCGGCGUCCAACUCCCACUACACCGCCUCCAUCCCGUUCGACCCCAGUUACUCCGCCUCUAGCUGAAUAUUACUUCACCGUGAAGGAGGCAAAUUUUACCAAAUUUUGUGAAACCAGGGCCAUUCUGACCAUAAACGGCAGCUAUCCUGGACCAGAGAUUCGGGUUCAGAGGGGACAGAGAGUGCGUGUUCAUGUCCUAAAUAA